GCAAGAGAGGACUUAAUCCAUCCUUCUCCCUGUGUGCCCCAAAUCCCUACUGUGUGCAGAAAGUGCAUCCUACCCAUAAGACAGAGCAAACUUUACCGGGAAGUCACAAUGACCCUCAAUGUGACUAUGCGGCGCAGUAGCAGCACAGCGGUGCAGAGCCAGCAGCGUUGGAGUAUCCCCGCUGAUGGGAAGAAUAUUCAUGUACAAAAGAACCCCAACGUGCACCUCAAUCGCAACCACACCAUUCAUCACUCAGUGAGGCCGGAGGAAUACUACAGGUGCAGCUGGUCCUCAGACUCUUCAGAUUCCGUCAUCUCCUCAGAAUCUGGGAAUACCUACUACCGUGUGGUUGUUAUCGGAGAGCAUGGCGUCGGCAAGUCUACACUGGCCAGUAUAUUUGCAGGAGUGCCCGAUUCUCUGGACAGUGACAUGCUAGGGGAGAACACAUAUGAGAGGACCCUGAUAGUGGAUGGAGAGAGCGCCACACUUAUACUUCUUGACAUGUGGGAAAAUAAGAGUCAGGAUAACUGGAUCUACAAUCACUGUAUGCAAGUGGGAGAUGCUUAUUUAAUAGUAUAUUCCAUCACGGACAGAGCAAGCUUUGAGAAGGCCUCCGAGUUACGUAUACAGCUACGUCGGGCACGGCAGACAGAAGAUAUUCCUAUUAUACUGGUUGGGAACAAAAGUGACUUGGUUCGAUGUAGAGAAGUUUCCAUAUCAGAGGGAAGAGCUUGUGCCGUAGUAUUUGACUGCAAAUUCAUUGAGACUUCAGCAGCUGUUCAGCACAACGUGAAGGAACUGUUUGAGGGAAUUGUGAGGCAGGUGCGUCUGAGGAGGGACAGCAAAGAGAAAAACGAAAAAAGGCUUGCCUACCAGCAGAGGAGGGAGAGCAUUCCAAAGAAAGCUAGAAGGUUCUGGGGAAAAAUUGUGGCCAAGAAAAACAAAAACAUGGCUUUUAAGCUGAAGUCCAAGUCUUGCCAUGACCUCUCUGUACUAUGAAUUCUGUGGACUAGCCAAUAAUUACAAAAUAUGUUCUCUUGAUGGACGUCAUUUGGCUAUUUUGGGGACAAUAAGCAAUCUAUAUUAGAUUGAAUAACGACACAUAUUACUUGUGUUUUCCACAGCCAUGAUGAAAAUGUUUCAGUUUAUUAGGGAAACUUGAAUAUUUUUGACUGUUAUUAUUUAUAUGCCAAAAACAAAACUGGCCCUGCUUGCCUGGUUUGUAUUGCUAGCUUGCUCCACACAUUAUUUUUGAAGAUAAUCUUGUUAAUUUUUAAAGCUUUCAUGCAGUCAUUUACCUUAAUGAAAAGCAUUACUUCUUACUCGAGCUUAGAGUAAUAUUCCAAUGUUUUAAAUAU